UGAUGCAUCGUAAAUGAGGGUGAGCUCGGAUUCUUGGACUCAGUGGUACAAACCUGUCUGAUGUCGUUUUUGGAGGAAGAUUCCAGCAUGUGGGAGGCAUGUCGGCGUAACUAGCGAUGGCAGAUAACAGGGUUUUGUCAGUGACCCACCCUUGGGCAGAGAAAUAAAACAUGCACUGCCACACACACACUCACCAUCUGUCAGACUGUGCAUGUCGAGAUAAGGCAGUGAAUGCCCUCUCCGCAGUCAGACUGUUUUCCUGCUGAAUUGUAAAGAGGGACACAUCAGUCUGGCUCUUGCUUAUCUCCGCUCUCUCAUCAUCUCAAUCCAUCUCUUUUACUCACUCUUCCCUCCCACACAGCUUUUCUUGACUUCUGAUUCUGUCUGUUAUGCACCCAUUUCAAUUUCUUAAAGUGUUUUUUUUUUUUUUUUUAAUUCUUCAGUUUUCCUCUCCUGGAGUCUCCUACUCCUCUUCCUCCUUCUUUUUUCGUAUUUCCCUGUGCAACAGUAUGCAACUCCUUGAUCCCUGCCAGACAGACACACACAGAUGGAGCAACUGAUACAAACUGGAGGAAGAGGGACCAGAAAGAGACGGAAGCAAAGGCAUAAAGAGGCACAGAGGAAUUGGUGAAAUGAUGGUAGUAGGAACACAAUGAGGAGGAGGGAGAGGGCGGGAGGGGAGAAAGAGAUAGAAGGCAUGUAAAGUAGACGGCUUCAGUGACAGCGCAGACAAAGGUAGCUCCAGAGAGCGCUCAUGCCGUCCAUUUCAUUCACACACACACUCUCGCUUUCUCACUCACACACCCCCAAGCAGGAGCAGCCGAGCCGUGUGGGUGUGAGGCUGCAUGAGAAGUGAAAUCUGUACUUCUACACAUGCAGCCGGCUGACAGACCAACUUCAUCCAAAACUACGCGCACACUUCCAGCACUAUCAAGGUGUGCACCCUACCUGCAGCACACACACACACACUGCAGCCAGCAUGGGUCUUGUGAUGGGAACCUUUUCCGUACAGACCAAGCCAGUGACCUACCACAAAGAUACUGCUGACGAUGACUUUGAGAUGACCAUAGUUUGCCAUCGACCAGAGGGCCUGGAUCAACUGGAAGCGCAGACCAACUUUAAUAAAAGGGAGCUCCAAGUUCUCUACAGGGGCUUCAAGAAUGAGUGUCCAAGUGGUGUAGUAAACGAGGACACCUUCAAGCAAAUCUACUCCCAGUUCUUCCCACAUGGAGAUGCCAGCACGUAUGCGCACUACCUGUUCAAUGCAUUUGACGCAGGACACACAGGAUCCAUAAAGUUUGAGGACUUCGUAACAGCUCUGUCCAUCCUGCUGAGGGGCUCCGUCACAGAGAAGCUGCAGUGGACUUUCAACCUCUACGACAUUAACAGAGACGGUUACAUUAACAAAGAAGAGAUGACGGACAUUGUUCGAGCAAUAUACGACAUGAUGGGGAAGUACACUUACCCUGUCUUGAAGACAGAUGCUCCCAAACAGCAUGUGGAUGCUUUCUUUCAGAAAAUGGACAAAAACAGAGACGGUGUGGUCACACUUGAUGAAUUCAUCCUCUCCUGUCAAGAGGAUGAAAACAUCAUGAGAUCUCUACAACUCUUUGAAAAUGUCAUCUAGAGAACAAACAUGGCUGGUAUGGACAGAUAGAUGAAAGCACACUGGAAGAGAAGAGGAAAUGAGAGAAGACCAAAUUGCAAAAAAAAGGGAGCAAUUUAUGACAAAAAUAAAACAAGAGAAACCAACAGAUCACAAACCGUACAGAUUUUAUCUGUCGGUAACAAAUCAAUGAUAGAUUUUUAUUUUAUUUUAUUUUUUUUAAAGGUUUUGGAAAGCGUCCUUCAGGCUUGAGAUGAUUUUUCUGUGACUGUCUACCUCGUCUUUCUCUCCUUUGUUUGUUGGUGUUGUGGCCAUUCCUGCCAUCCAGAACUGUGUGACCUCCUUAUGUCAAUGCAUAUCUAUAUUCCCAGUUUUUUCUCUUUUGGACCAACUGUCAAGCAGGACUGAAAUUCUGACAUGUAACACUCAAGUGGAAUUGCACUCUUUGCUCAUUAACUGCUGAAAAAAAGGAAAACACAUAACAAAUCCUCUGUGAUGAGUCACAAAACAAAUACUGUGGGUCAUUUUGGACAAAAUACAAACACAUUUUCUGCAACACAGAGAAUCUGGAUCUGUGUGCAGAACGCUUCAGAUGAAAGUCAAGCAAAAAGCUGUAAAGAUUUGCAGAAAUGAGCUCAGCCAGUUUGUACGUGUUCUUGACUCCUGCAGUGUUUCUGUACUAAUCGAUGUUUUGAAUGUCGUAAAGAACCUGACUGAAGAUAUUUAACUGUUGUUUUUGUGGCUUCUUCUCCUCUUGUCUUCAACCAUUCGUGUCUGUCUGUGUGUUCCUGGUUCUGGCAGUCCUCGCCGAUUAGGUGUAAUCGCUUUAAGUGACACUAAAUGUUUUUUCUAAAGAAAGAGGCAAAAUACUGGGAAACAACGCAGGCAUGUGCAUGAGUUUAUAUGUGUGUCCAGAUGACAAAAGGCUUAUGUUUCGUCUCAAAAGCAGUUUGUUCGUAGCUUGUUUGAGGACUGUGGUUUGGCCCAAAGUUCUGACUUCAUCUCUGUCUGCUAUAAGGGAUUUGACUCAGAGCAACCAACAUUUCACUGUGAAAGCCCGAUGCUGGGAGGCGACUGACGAAACCCGGAAAGGAGACCUUAUCACUGAAUUUGGAGGAAAGGAAGCCAUGUUUUCAAUGAGAGCCAUCAUGCUGAAGAUUGGGCAAAACUUAAAAAUGUAGACACACUGUCAUUCACUGUGCUAUACCAAUAAUAAUAUUAAAAAAAAAAUGUUGCAGCUCCUCCUAAUUGUACCCAAGCCAACAGGCAGGAAGACAGACGGGUAGACAGGCAUACAGACAGACACUUAAAACCAUCAGAUUUAAAAUUACGUGUGUAUUGAAAUAUUGUAUAAAAUCAUUAUAUUUAUCAAUAAACUUUUCAAGAAAUCAA